AUAAGUGAUUGUAACUAAAUUGAGUGUCUGAGACAUGUUAAAAAGAAAAAAGUGAAAUUAUGUCCAAAAAAUAAAACGUGGUCCAAAAUUCACGUUUGAUAUCUGGUAGGCCAAGGAUAAUAAACAUGGAGAUUUUUUUUGUUUCUUUAUAAACAUUGGUUCACAACCUCAAACCAAUAUACAGACACCCACAGUGAUCACAAGAGUUAGUCAACAUGAAAAAGGGUGGGAGUGAAGAAAAUGAGGUUCAUGUUGUGAUGCUGCCAUGGCUGGCAUUUGGUCACAUGAUCCCAUACUUGGAUCUCUCUAUUGCCUUAGCCAAAUUCGGCAUUCAUGUCUCCUUCAUCUCUACUCCCCGAAACAUUUCAAGACUCCCCAAAAUCCCACCAAAUCUGUCACAGUUCAUCGAAUUUGUGGCCCUUCCUCUCCCCAAGCUCGAGUCGGAUCCCCUGCCGGAGAAUGCUGAAGCCACGACCGACAUUCCGUUGGAGAGAAUGGAUGAUCUGAUGAUUGCUUGUGAUCUCCUCCGAGAACCUGUCAAGAAAGUGAUUGCUGAGAAAUCUCCAAACUGGAUAUUAGUUGAUUUCUUUUACCACUGGGCAGCUGACAUCGCGCUAGAACUGGACGUCCCAUUGAUACUUUACAUUGUAGUAUCUGCUGCCUCUGCUGUGUUCUUCGAGGGCCAAAGACAGGCGAGUACGUCGCCUCAGGACAUGACAGUCCCUCCGGAUCAUGAAACUGAAGCAAGCACACCUGGAAUGGAAGCUGCAGCACGCGUAAUUAGAAUAACCCAAGGAUGCAAGGCCAUUGUGGUACGCACUUGCCCGGAACUCGAAGCUGAUUAUUUGAAAUCAUUCUCGAAAAUGACUGGCAGGCCGGUGAUUCCAAUGGGAUGUCUUCCACCUGAGACGGUGGAGGAGGCGAGUGUUAAUGGGGAAGAGCCGUGGAGCGGGGUGUUUGGUUGGCUUGACAAACAAAAGCCAAAAUCAGUAGCGUUUAUCGGGUUUGGGAGUGAAUGCAAAUUGCAGAGGGAGGAUAUUCAUGAGAUAGCAUAUGGGAUUGAACUAUCCGGGCUUCCCUUCAUAUUUAUACUGGCAAAGCCUCUUUGGGGUGGUGGUGAUGAUGAUGAAGUAGUGCCCCCAGGAUUCGAGUCCCGGACAGCAGGGAGGGGCGUCGUGCAGAUUGGAUGGGCGCCCCAGAGGGAAAUCCUCGCCCAUCCUUCAAUAGGAGGUUCGUUGUUUCAUGCAGGGUGGGGUUCUAUUAUGGAAAAUUUGAGACAUGGAAACUACCUUGUGCUCUUGCCAUUCAUCUUCACUCAACCAUUGGAGACAAGGCUUCUAGUUGACAAGGGUUUGGCAAUAGAGGUGGAGCGAGCUGAAGAUGGAUCUUUUACGAGAAAUGGCAUUGCAAAUGCAUUGCAAAAGGCAAUGGUCGCUCAGGAAGGGGAGGCACUAAGAGCCAGAACAAAAGAAGCUGCUCAUGGAAUUUUCGCAAAUAAACAACUCAACCAUACUUAUUUCAACAAGUUUGUGGAGUAUCUGAAAGAUGGGGUUUACGAGAAUAAGUAAGUUCUAAUGGGAGCAUUCGCUACAUAUGUGUUGUUAUUAUGUUUAUUUUGCUAGAGUUGUUCAGGCUUAUGCUUUUAGUCCAAGGCCCUUAGCUAUCUAUGUAUGAGUUUGCUAUGUUACUAUGUAUGUUUGUGUUUCAUCAACAUGAAUAAAAUACCAGUUCCUUUA